UUUAACAUCCACAACUUUAAGGCUCCCACCUUCUGUGACCACUGUGGUUCUCUACUGUGGGGCCUUGUCAGACAGGGUCUACACUGCAAGAGUAAGAUUAUUUCUCUCAUUUCUUAUAUUCUCUCUCUCUCUCUCUCUCUCUCUCUCUCUCUCUCUCUCUCUCUCUCUCUCUCUCUCUCUCUCUCCUCUCUCUCUCUCUCUCUUCUCUCUCUCUCUCUCUCUCUCUCUCUCUCUCUCUCUCUCUCUCUCUCUCUCUCUCUCUCUCUCUCUCUCUCUCUCUCUCUCUCUCUGAUGUUUAUAGGCAGGUAUUCCAUUUUCAUGGCUUAUUAACCUUUACUUCCUGUCUGUCCUCUGCAGUCUGUAAAAUGAAUGUACACAUCCGCUGUAAGGGCAACGUAGCACCCAGCUGUGGGGUCAACAGUGUGGAGCUGGCCAACAGGCUGGCAGAGAUGGGCCUGCAGGCCGGGGGGCUCUCCAAACGCAACUCACUGGUACGCUAACUAGAGGAUGAGAGAGGGGGCAAGCGAGAGAGAGGGGGAGAGCGAGAGAGAGGGGGAAGGGGAGAGGGAGAGGAAGCGAUAAAGAGAGCGAGCCAAAUUAAUCCACACAUACACACCACAGGAGGUUGGUGGCACCUUAAUUAGGGAGGACAGGCUUGUGAUAAUGCUGGACCGGAAUUAGUGGAAUGGUAUCAAAUACAUCAAACAAAUGGUUUCCAUGUGUUUCAUGCCAUUCCAUUUGCUCUGUUCCAGACAUUAUUAUGAGCCGUUCUCCCCUCAGCAGCCUCCACUGAUACACACACAUACACUACCAGUCCAAAGAAGAACACCUACUCAUUCAAGGGUUUUUCUUUAUUUUUACUAUUUUCUACAUUGUAGAAUAAUAGUGAAGACAUCAAACUAUGAAAUAACACAUAUGGAAUCAUGUAGUAACCAAAAAAGCGUUAAACAAAUCAAAAUAUAUUAUUCAAAUAGCCACCCUUUGCCUUGAUGACAGCUUUGCACAAUCUUGGCAUACAUUACAUACAUACUCUGUAGUUAAAUGCUCAUCCUGUUGUCCCCCAGUCCUCUGGAGGGCAGGGCCAGGAGCGGGCCCUCAGUGUGAGGAGGGAGAGUGGAAACCCUCAGCAGCAGACCAGACUGCUGGGUAUCUCUGACUUCACCUUCCUUCAGGUGUUGGGCAAGGGCAGCUUCGGCAAGGUGAGACAACCACUAUAGAGCGAUACCACCAUGGACUGUGUGAGGGUUUAGAGUUGGAUAAUUUUACGUGUGUGUGGUUUAUUCUUAUUUCAGGUGAUGCUGGCUCGGUUGAACAGCAGUGAGCGGGUGUUUGCAGUUAAGGUGCUGAAGAAGGACAUAAUUCUGCAGGAUGAUGAUGUUGAGUGCACUAUGACAGAGAAGAGAGUGCUGUCACUGGCUGGCUGCCACCCCUACCUCACUCAGCUCUACUGCUGCUUUCAGACACCGGUGAGACACACACACACAUUCUUACAUUACUGUUGACUGCAGUCCCACAAUAAAUAUUUUGCUGUAAUGCCUAGAUUGUCCUGUUGAGGGCAGCAGUGCCCUAACGUUAUCUGAGUGUGAGAGGUUAAGUUGAGAGUGUGAUGUAGGAAGCACAGUGUGAAUGACCCUCUGGAUACCAGAGCUAUUCUCCCACCCAGAGCCUGCUCUGCUUUAGUUGUUUGAACCCUCGCUUGUCUACUUCAAUGUGGAUCAAAAUCGAGCAGCGUUGAGUGAGGUUGAGUGAUGUGUUUAUUCUGGCUCCUAGACACAGCUUACUAUGUAUAUAUCGGCUGCCCCUAGACCACACACUAUCUUCACUCCAUAGUUCUGUCUUCUUUGAGGGGGUUACAGUACUUCAGAUCUUAACAAUGCACAUUGUAGCUGUACCUCAUCUCUCUCAGAGCCUCUCUACACGAUUCAUAUCCAUGACUAAUAUAGUUGGGUUACUUGUCAAUAUCUUACCAAUGACAUCAAGUUAAUCUAAGACAUGCUCAGUAGAUAAACACAGUAAGGGCACUAUAGUCUCUACCUACCUAGUGUGCUGUAGUUGAACAGAACACAGGGUCUUUUCAACCUUCUGCUGGCUAGUCAUGUCUGGUGCAUUUAUGACCCAGACAGUACUGCACUACGUGUUCCACAGGGAAGGGUUUUUUCCUGCUCCCAUAUUCUGGAACAUGCGGGUGCCUAACCUGUAAUGAGAAAAAGGAUUUAUGUAUUUACACAGUGUAUUUUCCCAUUGGUAUCAUGGAGUUGUGGCUCUGCAGUGUCAGCCACAUGAAUCUGCUAUAUGGGCUCGUGGAAUGUACGAGUAAUAGACAAGAGUUUGACGCCACUUCCUCCUUGACGUAAGAAACUUGGUAUGUCAUCGAACAUGUAGAGCUGUUGCAGAGAAAGUUGGGAUUAAUUGUUGUGUAUGUAAGAAAGGAACCAUUGUCUCUAUGUUGCAGGACCGCCUGUUCUUUGUGAUGGAGUUUGUCAACGGGGGCGACCUCAUGUUCCACAUCCAGAAGUCCAGGAAGUUUGAGGAGGGCCGUGCUCGCUUCUACACCGCCGAGAUCACCUCUGCACUCAUGUUCCUGCACAGCAAGGGCAUCAUCUACAGGUACAUCACACACACACGCACGCACACGCACACACACACACACACACACACACACACACACACACACACACACAAUCGCAUGCUCUUAUAUAGAGACUGCUAACCUUUUCAUUGAAGUGAUGCCAAAGUGGCAGGUGACUGGUUUUAAUCCAUCUAGAUUUGUGUGUGUGUGGUCUUUUAAUAGUCUUUUUACAGGGUUGUUGUCCACUUACCGUGAUGGCCAACACAACCGUCUCUCUGCCAAACCUCAUGUUAAUAAAG